UAGAGAAAUAUAGGAUACUUAUCUGUUGUGCCCACAUAUUUUAUCUCCGAGUAUGCUAGUCAUGGGUGCAUAAUACUCAAGACAAUUCCUCUGAUUUCGUUAAAGUUAUGUUUUACGAAAUAUACAUUGGGCCACAUGUAGCACAAAUAUUUUAAUUAGAUUUGCGAGGCAUUAGGAAAUGAUUAGCUUGUAAGACUUGCCGAUCCUGCGGUGCAUCUGCUCUGCAUCAUUGUUCCACACUGUCACAAUGUACAUCACUGAUUGAGUGAGCAAGAGAAUCUAGAAUCAGAAGUAACCACAAAGUUAUGUUGGCUGCGUCGUCAGUCUUGGCACGAGAGGCCCUAGUGCGGGAAAACAAAAAGGAAUUCCACACGCAAGAAGAACUGUUCCGCCUCGUCGUAGCAGACCUCACGCCAGUGAACUGCUUCUCACUCAAUGAAAGUUGAACCGAUCUAGAGAUUGCACAAAGCCACGUUUAAGUCUAAAAACAAAUCAGAACCAAAUCAAGCGAAUAGAUAAUUGCAUAAAAGGGCAGGGGGUGCCGAUCCAAAUUUCUCCUUUGGAUAUUGUACUAGAACAACCCAAAACCAUGUCAACUACAUGCAUUGGCUCUGAAUCGAACGACAGAUGACUAGUCCGAUGAACGGCUAGGAUCGGAUGAACAAUUCCCUCCUUCAACCAUUUUUUCAACAAAUCUUCGUGAUCCCAAAUUCCCGCACCAAACCAAAACAAAAAUUUCAAGGCAAUCAUGCGCGACCGUCCCUUCUCUUUAUAACAAGCCACAACCCCGACCUUUCCACCAUCACAAACACCCCGCUCUCUCCAUGAUCUGACCAACCUCCAACAAUCUCUCUGGCAACCACAUCACCAGUGCGUCCACCCUCCACCGCGGCCCAAAGAUGGCCAUUGCCGAUAGCGGGAGGGGCAAGUCGAAGCCUGCCGCCAGCACGAAGUCCGUGUCUCGGUCGUCCAUGGCCGGCCUCCAAAUUCCCGUUAGCCGCAUCACCAGGUACCUUAGGGGCGGCAAUUACGCACAAUACAUCAGUACCGGCGCCCUCGUCUACCUCGUCACCGAGGUAGACAUUCCCCCAGCUCCUCCUCUCCUCGUUUCUCUGUUCUCCGCGCGCACGGUUCCUCGCGGUCCUCGAUCUCACCAUUUCAUUUCUUUCUCUUUGAUUCAGACCCUGGAGCCUGCUGGCAACACGACGCGGGACAACAAGAAGAACCGGAUCGUGCCGCGGCACAUCCAGCCAGCGAUGUGCAACGAUGAGGAGUUGAGUCGGUUGUUGUGCGCGUUCACCAUCGCCGCCGACGGGCUGAUGCCCGACAUCCACACCGUGCUCCUCCCCAAGAAGGCCGACAAGGCCAAGGACGACAUCCACCGGCAAGCAUCCUAGCACCCUACCGCACACGGUUAUCUGUGGCGUGUGCGAUGCACCCCGUAUCACACACCAUUAUGAGGUGAAAAUUCGC